AUGGCCACGACCGACCGCCUCAUCGAGCUGUUCCGCCAGCUAGACAGGAACGGAGAUGGAGUGAUCGAGAGGAAGGAGCUCGGCCGGGUACUUGAGGCUCUGGACCCGAUCUCCUGGACAGACGAGCGAAUCGACCAGUUGCUGAUCGAGGCAGACACCAAUGUCGACGGCAAGAUCCAGUACGGCGAGUUUGUCCGAUGGCUUUUCACAGAUGGCUCAGACCAGGCAGCCUUCUGUCGCUCCGUGAAGGACAUCUCCAAGGGCCUCCGCUUCCAGGUGGAGGCCCUCGUCGGCCUCCGAGAGCUUUGCUCGGUCCCUGAGAAAGAGAGGAAAGAUGCGUUGGAGCUGAUACUCUCGAUUCUCGAGCAUAUCAUGGAGGACCCUGAAGACUCGAAGCGCCGAUCCAUGAGUUGCGAAGAGCACCCAGGCCAGACCCUUUUAAGAACGAGGGGUUGUGACUGGUUACUGUCGGCGGUGGGCUACAUAGAUGAUGGCCAGGAGCUCUCCCUGCCGUCUCGGACGGACCCUGCUUGGCUUCUAGAGGAGCUCCGGAGACUGAAGCAGAAGGACUGGGAUCUGUCGGAGGUGGACCCGCCUGAUGACCUGCCAACUGAUCUGCCGCUUUCUCCCGCCGUUGAAGCCGGCCUACCGCCCACGUCUCGCUUGUUUGAAGGUGUUUCGAUGCCCAGCGACAUAAAAGACCUGGUGAAGGUGUUGCAGGCUUUGCCUGAAAUGGACAAGAGGACGAUGGGUGGCAAAUGCAUCCAGCAGACGCUGGCAAUGGAGGAUUUCAUGACAGAUCAGGUGGGAAUCCGACCGCUUCCCGGCAAGUACUUCGUGCAAGGUGUGAAGGCUUUCGACCUGCAGACGCCGCUGAAGAGCAUGCCCUCCGACAAGGAGUUUGUCUACCAUGGCACGGGCCAAGACGGACGCCCCUGCUCCUUCAAAGCCUCCGUCGCCGAGAUCCUCGAGUGGCAGUCCUCCUUCCGGGCCUACUACGCUACGGAUGUCUACACCGACAAGGAGGGCCUAGAGCUCCUGAGUCGGUCCUUGGAGGGGCACUCUGAGGCCGGCGAAGAAGCCUGGAAGAUGAAGUUCGCCAUCAGGUGCAGCAAGAAUCCCGUGAUCAUGAGAUUCGACGGCCGUGUCGUCCCGCGCGAAAUUGGCGAUCCGGUUUCCAGCCGGAUUCAUCUUGUGUCUGUCUGUGGUAUCGACUUCGCAUCCCGCGUUCACGAUCACGUUGACCUCACCCACUACAUCAAGAAUUGGAAGGAGGUUUACUGCUUUGAUGAUGAAGGCGUUCCUUAUGUCCGGCACGGGCGCGACUUCGAGCUCUCCGGGACCUUCGCGCAGCUGAACGUUUCUAAGACCCUCAUCGAUCUGAAGAAGAUGUGCCGACUGCGCUUGAAGGCACAAGACGACCUAGGCAUCCAGGUGGUCGUGGAAGUGGGCCUUGGCCUGGGGGUCUUUGCCGGCGAUGCCUUGGGCAUCGGCAACACGGUGCGGCACCUCUCAGCCCUGGCGCUGCAGCGGGUUCUUCAGGAGGAAACCUUCAAGAACAUUCGACUCGUCGUGCUGUCCUUGCCGAUCUUCCGCAAGGGAGACAACUACGACUUCUACGAGAAGGUCUUCAGCCGCGACAAGGAGCCCUACACCGGAUCCAUUCCCGUCCUUCUCAUGGACCAGGCCGCGCUUUUGGAGCCGUGGAGUCAAGUCGAUCUGCGAGUCGGGGAAUGCCACUUAACAUAA